AUGAAAUUACAUAAGAUUAUUUUGGUCUUGAUUUCCUUAACGUUAAUGAUAAUAUUUGACGUUCUGGUAAACGCCGUUCCACAAGUUCCACAAGAUCCACCUAAACAAAAAGAACCAUCUAGUGAACCACCCAAACAAACACCAACCGGACUUCCAUUUCCACCUAAACAAUCAUCAUCCAAACUUCCAUCUUCAACUAAACAACAACAAACGUCUAGUGCACCUGAACAAAAAACUUCUGACUUACCAAAACCUACUGUUUUUACACCAUCACCUCCCCCAACAGCAACAACAACUAAAGGACUUGAGCCACAACCAACGGAGUCGGUAAAUGAACCGACACAAGUUAUUGUAACAGAAUCCGCAAAUUCGGCUCCUUUACCUACAGCAACGUCGACCCCAAAGCCUUUAUUAGAUACUACUUGUAGUAUAUCACAAGAUUGUCCUAAAGCAAAGUUUUGUGACCUUUCUGUGGGAAAGUGUCAACGUAAAGGAAAGUUAGAUGAUCAAUGUAAUAAUGAUGAUGAUGAAUGUCUAGAUGGAUUUAUUUGUCAUAAGAAUUUUUGUAAAAAAAAGAACAACAAUUCUAACAUUAAGAAAGCUGCUAUAGCAUGUGUAAUUAUUGUUGGUGUUUCUGGAGUUUUUGGUUUAAUCUUUUUCAUGUGCAGUUCACAAAGGAGAAAAGAUGAUAAACAAGAUUUUACAACCAGUACGUAUUCGACAGAAGAAAUGACAAAUUCAAAUUCAUUUUCAAAUAACACGAUGCAACCUCCACGUGGUAUUCCUAUUACAAAUCAUUUUGAAAACUUACCUCCUAUUGGAAAUAGAGGUUUCGAAGAAUCUCGACCAGGAUUUUAUAAUUAUUAUAAUGAAGUAGAAAAUAUAAGACAACAACCAUCACCAUUACAACAACAUUAUAAUUGGAAUCACGGAGUUCCAGCACCAGCAAAACAAUUUUUACCGAUGAACCAAGGUGGAUUGUUUCCUAUCCGAACUAUAAGAGAAAAUUAUGGAGUUUUUCCAUCAAAUAUUAAAAAGAAUUUUCAUGACAAUAAUCCUUUGAGAGAUCCCAAUGUAUUACCUACUUCAAAUUUUGAGCACACAGAAAUAUAG